UAUAAUGGAUAUUAUAUCACAAAAUGAAGUCGAUUUUUUUAUUGACCAUAUUAAAGAAUCAAAACUUAAUGAACUUGGAUCAAAAAUAUGGUAUGAUAGUCAUGAUCGUUUGCAAAAACUUAACCAACAGGCUACGUUGGAAGCUUCUAAAGGAGGAGAAGAAUAUAUUAAGGAUCAGCUCAUUAGUUACGGAAAAGUUCCUAUUAUUGUACACGAAGCUAUUUGUGUAGCUAUAUGGAGGGAGAAAGUUUUUCCAGAAUUACUAUGUAUUAUACCUAAUCCUACACAAUCAUUCACAUUAUAUUUUAUAUUAUUUCAUGAAACUGUAGCGAUUGGACUAUUACAAAAGAUACUAUUUCACGAGGAAGGUGCUCAGUCUUUAGGAAAUUAUGCUUUGGAUCUGUUUGACCAUAUAAUAUUUUCAAUCACACAUAUAGCUAUUGGAAAUACAAAUAAUUUCCAAAUCUGCUCGAAAAUAACUGAUAUGUCAGUAAUGGAUGAAAUAAUCGAACAUAAACAUAAAAUACAAUUUGAAGUGGGAAUUUGUUGUAUUGGUAUCAUGUUUAAUAUGUUACUACACAUAAAAAACUUAUCCUUAUCUGUUACCACAAGAAUGACAACUAAUAAUGAUGUUCCAAUGUUAAUAUGUCAACUAUUAAAUGUAAAACCUUGGAUAAAGUUGGAAAACAAAAAAAAGUAUAUUUUUCAAGAUAAUUCCUGGAAAAUAAUGAAUGAAACAAAUAAUAUUAUACCAAAACAAGAAGCUCAUUUAUGGUUAAGUCUACACGAAUUUAUCACAUCGGAACAGCUACGUAACAGUUAUGAAAUAACUCAAUUUCGGAAAAAAAAUCUUAUGCAGUUACAGAAUUUACUCAAUGAUAAUCUUUUGGAUCAAAUUCCACCAUUGAUACACUUAAAACAAUGUUUGUAUCAAUUGAGUCUAACAGAAGUUUCAGCAGGAUUUAAACGUCCACUUAUUAUGGAAUUAAAUACUGAAAUAAGGCCUACUAUUUUAAGUACUUAUACUAAACAAUGGAAAAAAAUCGCUAGAACUCAAGCAGCUUAUUUGUUUGGAAAUGACUCAUAUGAUGUAGCUAAAUCAUUGAGUGAUACGUAUGAACAUAUUGAUCACUUUGAAAUCAAGGAAAAUAUUUGCACUCAUUGUAGACAACCAGCAAAAAAUAGGUGCUCCAAAUGUAAAAAUCAAUGGUAUUGUAGCCGGAAAUGUCAAGUAAGCAAUUGGGAUCAACAUAAAGUAAUCUGCCAGUAACUGAAAUAUAUUUUCUAUAUUAUAUAGUAUAUGUUUAUGUUUUAUAAAUCUUAGUUAUAAAUUAAUUUUGGUAAAU